UGUCAGUCAUCAUGGCGCAAACAAGGAAAGAGAGAGAAAGAAAAGAGCCUGGCGAGUGCUCCUCCCAGGAUGUGGCUCCACCACCUGCUGCCGCCGCGGUCCUUACGGAUGAGGUCCUGAGGAAGUGUGUAUAGAGUGUGUAUAAUGUAUAUAGUGAGUAUAGUGUGUGUAUAGAGUGUAUAGUGUCAGGGUCCUGUCUGAAGCGGAAGUGAGACUAAGAGGAGGCAGUUUGGCUCUGCGGUGGCGCUGGCGGAAGAGAGAGAGAGCUGACAACUUCCUGUAGCCUCGCCUACACAUGCUGCAUGGCGCCGCAGAGACCGCAUGCCCCUCAGCCCUCCCCAUGAGAGUGUGUUUGAACUCAAAGAUGGAUUCUUUCAUGAAGAUGGUGGCUGUGGCUCUACUCGUCCUGUCGGAUCCCGCCCGAGGUUCCGAGGAGUCCUGCACAUACCGUGCCGUGGGUGAAUCCCUGACGAUAGACAUCCAAGGCCGCAAGAGCUGUAAUGGAGAGAGUGCCUUGACCUGGAAGCUAAACUCAACGGAUAUUUUCAGGAAAAGGAGAGAUGUUAUUUCUUUAGGCAAAUCUUUGAACGUGAUGGCAGAUGGGUCACUGCGGUUCGUGGAGCUACGGACACUCGACUCUGGAGAGUACAAGGCUGAGCUCUUCGACUCUGAUGGAGCGCAAUGCGGGCACGCAGCAGUCAACCUGUGUGUGAUCGAGCGGGUGUCCAGGCCCUCGGUGACGCAAGAAUGCAGCCAGGAUGGUGUGACACUAGCCUGUAGCGCCGGGAAGGCGGAGAUAUCCUGGAGUCGUGACGGACAUGUAAUCGGGGCGGGGGUAACGCUAACGGUGCCGGGGAGACCCGACCACGACGCUAAGUAUUCCUGCACGGCCUGGAACAAGGCCAGCGUCGCCAGGAGCGACGAUUUAACAAUUCACUGUGCAGUCCAGCUGUCCGCCACAGUGAUGCCACGCAACCAGGGCGUGAAAGAGGGAGGAGCCGUGACCAUCCUCUGCAACAGCACCCCGCCUGCCGACCAAUACAGUCUCUGGAACCCCAGGAGGCAGAGUCUCUCGGCGGAGGCGGACGGUGAGUUCAGGCUGCAGAAGGUCACGAAAGAGGACGAGGGUCUCUACACCUGCCAGGCCCAGUGGACCCUACCUCGCCCCUACCCUGACACCAACGCCACCGUCGAACUGCGUUUUUCCAGCGGCAAUGCUGGGCGUCCUGCUGGAGGGGGCAUGGCCACACAGGUCACCUCUGGAACGACGGACAGGCCGUUCCUCCUGACCGCAUAUAUCAGUUUAUUCUUUUGUCUUUCUGCGCUGAUAGUUUAAAGGGUAUCACAUUCUUUGAAUAACUCCUAUAUAACUCCUUCAUAUGCAGUACACAGCACACAGCAUUCAUGAGUGAUUAUGUCAAUAACUGCAAAUUGGCACAUGGUGUGUCAUAGCUUUGUCAACAUUCAUGCAGCAAGUGGGCGGCCUGUAGCGUAGUGGUUAAGGUAAAUGACUGGGACCCAAACGGUCAGUGACUGGUAAAUGACUGGGACCCAAAAGGUCAGUGGUUCGAACCCUGGUGUAGCCACAAUAAGAUCCACACAGCCGUUGGGCCUUUGAGCAAGGCCCUUAACCCUGCAUUGCUCUAGGGGAGGAUUGUCUCCUGCUUAGUCUAAUCAACUGUAUGUCACUCUGGAUAAGAGGGUCUGCCAAAUGCCAUUAAUGUAAUGUAAUGUAAUGUAAUGUGAUGUAAGUGACAUUACCAUGAUAUACCAAAAGGAAUGACACUGUGUGUGUCAGGGGUGCCAAACUCCACUCCUGGAAUUGGCCGCUGAUUCAAAGGAAACCGCAAAUACCAGCAGACACUGCAGUCCUCCAGGACUGGAUGUUGACACCCCUGGUAUAUGUCAUCAAUGUUGGCAGAACACACCAUAUACCUAUUUGAGGUUAUUGACAAUAAGCACUUAUGAACUAUGUAGUGCUUAUGAAUGAAUUAUAUAGCUCUUAUGUAGGACCCUUCAAAGUGUUACUGUUUAAAGACAUACAAUGCAGGAUUAUUUAGCCUGGCUGUGGUCCUGUGUUGACAACAAAAUACUCCUCCAUCAUCAACUCCCCCACUCCCCUCCAUUUUGUAUUUUAUAUCUAUUUCUAUACUGCUUUUAUUUUUAUAUCUCUUUUAUAUCUUUAUAUAGUUUUUUGAUAGCUGUUGCC